AGCAGGACGAACCCCAGCCCCUGGGCCCGCUCGGCGCUGGGCCGGGGCCGCCAUUGGCUCGGGCGGGGAGCGCUGACCGCCAGCCGCCUCCGAACUAUUUCCUGUUGCUGCGGCGCUAAUGCUGAACAGACCUCGCUGGCGCUUCCCUGCUCCAGCCAAAGUGCAGCGGGCUCCGGCUGCCGCUCGCCGUCCCAGCGCCGCCCCGAUGCCAGGCAUGUGCCAUCCGCAGAGCCACUGAGCGCCGGGCACAGGAUGGAGAGCCGCAGGCGGGACAUGGAGCUGCUGAGCAACAGCAUGGCCGCGUACGCCCACAUCCGAGCCAACCCCGAGAGCUUCGGGCUCUACUUCGUGCUGGGCGUCUGCUUCGGGCUGGUGCUGACGCUGUGCCUGCUGGUGCUGCGCCUCUCCUGCCGCUCCCCCGCGCCGCCCCCGCACCACCCGAGGGACCUCAGCGAGGACGAGGAAGACGACGAGGACGAGGAAGAGGAGGACACUGUUGACCGCGCAGCGUCCGAGUCGCUGCUGCCAGUGACCGAGAUCCCGCUGGACAGCCACGGCCCCGGGGACGGGGCUCUGGCCAUCAACGUCUUCGCCUCGGCGGAGGAGCUGGAGCGGGCGCAGCGGCUGGAGGAGCGGGAGCGCAUCAUCCGCGAGAUCUGGCGCAACGGGCAGCCCGACAUCCUGGGCACCGGCACCGGCACCCUGGGCCGCGUCCACUACUACUGAGCCCCGGCAUGGGGGCAGCUGCCCUGGCACCGUGCCUGGCUCCCGCCGUGCCGCCUCUGCGAGAUGCUGAGGACCCGGUCUGGGGCCAGGAGAUGCGAGGACAGGAUGCUGCUCGCUGCCCUGAGCUGGGAGGAGCUGCCAUGGACCACCCCUGCGCUGCUGGCAUCCAGCCCUCAGUGCCAUGGGCAUCCCCAGGGCCAGACUUGGCCCCGGUGCUGUGGGGCGCGAUGCACUUUGAGCCAUUGGUACGACUGCUGGCACCAACCAAGCAGCCCCAGAAUGCCAUGGGGACGAGGACAAGCACAGGGCAGACUUUGCCAGCCUUGGCUGUGGGCAUUUGGAGGGUGGGCACGGCGUGGGUCACGGCCGGGCUGUUCUCCAUGUAAGCUGUGGGGCUCUGCCCCUAAACAUGGUGCUGUCACACGUGAUGGA